AUGGUCCAGGAACAGGACGUGGCGACCGUGAACGCCAAGGAGGCGCUCCUUAUCGCAGGACAGAAAAUUGAUAUCGAAACGAAGACAACAUUCACGCAAACAUCUGCCACAGACAUCGAGCCAAGAAACAUACAAAUCACCGAGGAAGCAAGAAAUGUGUAUCCUACGUCUUCGAGAUGUGUAUAUCUACAGCAAAAAAAAUCCUCGACAUUUUGGAGUGUCGACGACGAUCCGGCGCCUCAAUGGUUGAUAGAGGAAGCCCUGUCGGUCAUGAACAGAGGGGCUGAGCACAGCGAGCGAUGGACAAAAGGGGAAAUAUCGUCCAGGAAGGAAACCGAUAAGUCCGAGUCGAUUAUCUCGGAACUCGAGGCGAAACUCAGUCGUACGAAAAUGGAUCUCGAAGAGGCUCUAGAGAUGAAGACGAUGGCGAAGGAAAAAUAUAAAAAAACUUUGGAGACCGUGAAAGCAGAAGCUCGCAGGGAGAACGAGGUGCUUCAAGAACGAAUCGUUCGAAUCUGCACGUCCGUUCUGGAGAACUUCGGUCCUCGUGCCAUCACCGGAAAAAGAGGACAAAAUUACCAAUUGAAAUGCAGCAAACGUUUAACGUUUCACGAGAAUAUUUCUAAUAAACUGCACAAGAAGCUGCGUAUGGCAGUCACGAGAUCGAACAAAUUGAAACGGGAACUGGCCACUGCGCGGAAAGCGUUGAAAGUCAAAGCGAAAAAAUGCGAAUCGAUGCACAAAUGCUUCGAGAAACUGAAGCAAGAGAUGGACACCAGCGAGACCAAUUUGAACAAUCUCAUCUCCGAGAAUCUCGAGCUACGAAAGACGAUAGAAGACACGCGGGAUUGGGUGCAGCACAAUUUGGGGAAAGAGAACCACGAGAAGAAUAACGUCGCCAAUUUCCGAAAUAUGCAGAGGAGCAGGGAACUGACGAAUCUGAAAAAAAAGGCGGAGGAAGACUUCACAACUAUUACCCAGCUAAGAAAUAAAUUACUGCGAUCAGAAUCAGCAAACGCCAACAAAGGAUUUUUAUUGAACAGUUACAAGAGUCAGCUGUCCGACCUGAAUAAAGAAAAAUGUCAGCUUACGUCGAAGAUAAGCAGCUUAGAAAACGAGAUCACGAACGUGAAGACGAAUAAUUCGCAAUUAAAAGCGAAGAUUUCGGUUUUGAACAGCGAGAAGGAUAAAUUAUUCUGUGACAAUGAGAAAUCAAAGGCAGACAUUGCGGUAAAGAUGGAAAAGCAAUACACUAAAAAAUGCGACGUCGGAGUGCAAGGGGAAAUUGAUCAUAUGAAUGCUGCCUACGAAGGAAUGUGUAAAUCUAUAAUAACAAAAUUGGACUGUGCAAAAAAUCAGAAUAUGGAAUACUUGAAAGGCAUACAGGACUUUUUAAAGAAACUUUACCUUUCUCCAAAUGACUGCCAAACGCAAAAAAACCUAAAAGUGGACGAACCCAGCGAAAAGGAGGCUCACCAAACUGCGUGCAAUAUUCUAAACAUGACACCGGAAGAGUUGUCUGGUUUCAUCAAUGAAAGAAGACCUAACUCGAUUAUCUCUUGGACAAACGAAUUGAACCGGAUAUUGUCGAAAAGUAAUUUCUCCGAUAAUCUGUCGAAGUUUCUGUUGAAAAAAGCGAUAUGGAAACUGAAGACACAAUAG